CAAAAUCUCAUACAUAGAUAAUAUCGUGAGCAACAACACUUGUGGGCGCAUGACUGACCGAGUGUGGAAUAUUACAGAUUCUUGUGGUAAUUCUGUUACGGGCAUCCAGCGUGUAACGGUAUACACCCCAGAGGAGCCGACCAUAGUCUUUCCGAAAGACAUCGUCUUCACCUGUAGGGAGAAGAAGUAUCUUGAUCCAAAGUUUGCAGGACAGGUUACAGUGACUAGUACAAACUUGUGUCCGAGAAAUGUGACAAUAACCUACGCUGACAGAUACAAAGAUGACUGCUUAAAUUCAAACAGGGAAGGGAGGCUGGAGCGAAUUUGGACCGUGAAAGACAAAUGUAGAGGGAGUCAAACAAAGGCACAAGUUAUCAUCCUUGUACCAAAAGUUCACCUGUUUUUAGGGUUGAGAAGAUCAGCUAACUAUGUUGUGUCAUUCAAACUAACGAACGAGAUGUUUUCGGCCGAACUUCAAGACAUGGAAUCUCCUGCCUUCAAAUCCCUCUCAAGGGGUUUGGAACUUGAGCUGGAAAAGACAUUUAUGGAAUCGAAAUCAAUACUUGGACAAUUUUUUGUAGCAGCAACCGUUCUUGAUUUCAGCAAUGGAAGUGUUAUUCCAAGAGUGCUCAUUAAAAUCGAUGCACAAGCUCAAAUCAGUCAGUGGCAGUUGGUCGAAUUCAUGAAUGAAACUCUGAAAAGUGGCAUGCUUGGACAAUACCAAGUGGACCCCACAUCAGUUGAGUUGACAGACUUUGAUGAGUGCCAAGCUCCUGAUCUCAACAAUUGUCACAAAAAAGCGAAAUGUACCAACACUGUAGGUUCAUAUAACUGUUCUUGCCUAAAAGGAUUCAUUGGGGAUGGUGUCCUUUGUCGAGGUAAGCUUUUCUGACCUUUAGUCUUAAAGCUAUUAGCAUCAUGGCCAAAUAGACUGAUCAGUUUUCAUGAACCAGUCUUGUGUGCCAC